AUGACGGGAAACAAAAUGGCGGCGCCCAUAAAAUCCAGCAAUAUUGGGGAUAUCGGUGGUACUUCCAGAGGAUAAGGAACAUGGAUUCCGCGAUGAGGAGGAAAAGGAAAAGAGGGCCGAGGAAAUCUAAAGCAGAAGAACGCGCGAAGGCUUUGCGGUCAAUAUCAGAUUCCAAAGGUUCCAACGGCCAGACGACUGUGUCACGUACAGCCGUGGCAGCCGCCACCGACCUCGUACCAAACCAGAACCUGGUGAAAAAUGUCAAGACAAGACUGGAAAAGAAACGCGAGAGGUUAAAAGAAAUGAAACUACGAAAGGCAAAGGCUAAGACUGUGGCACCAUGGAGUCAUUUGGUGGCACCUAGCAGUCAGAGUGGACAACAUGGAGAAACCGUUACCACUAAUAGUUCUACUUUGUCUGAUCCUGAUUCAUUGUCAACAGUGUCAUCAAUCUCUGUUCCUCCUACUUGUAGGGUAAUUGAGCAGAAACAGGGAGAAGAGUAUGUCUUAGUGAUAGAACAUUGCCAGGAAGUUUGUUUCCACGGAAAGGCUCUGGUCAGCUGUCUCCAUGGUUCUGUGUUCAUCUACGGCUGCACCCUGCACCAGGGACAGGAACCCUUACCCGUGUACGCACCGAGGACGCACUCAGCUCUGUACAUCACCCCUCUACCACACCAGGGGCGAGUAGUAGUGUCAGAGCACGUGAAACAACUUUUAGGGGAGGACGUGAAGGAAGACACUGUUGUUGUGCUGGUUCAGAAGCUGAAGUGCCCAAUGGUGGAUUAUGUGACAAGUGUGAAGGAGUAUGCUAAUGUCUUCUACUGGGAAAACAAGAGUAAAGACAGUGUUAUAGACAGAGUGAUGACACCAGACCACAGUAAGCUCCUGGAGUCAGUAGGUGUCCAUGUAGUGGACGACCCGGCCACACCGAGGCUGUUCACACCUGAACCUGUCAGGGCGGCGCUGGCAGAUGUACUGGAGCAGGUGGAACAGGCAGUUACCAAAGGUACCACAGCACCUGUCAUCCUGUUAUGUGGAGGCAAGAAUUCAGGAAAAUCUACUCUGGCCAGGUUUCUCAUCAACCUGAUACUCUCCAGUUGUGGAGAGGUGUACCAUCUAGAGUGUGACAUUGGGCAGACAGAGUUCACCCCAUCAGGGUUUGUGUCCCUGACCCAUGUGACCACACCCACGCUCGGCCCUCCCUUCACCCACCAGAAAACACCUGAUAGGUGUUGUUACUACGGGCACCUGAGUCCAAAUGAUGACCCUGACAGGUACAUCAGGACAGUGAAGUAUGUGCACCAAGGUUACCGGGGUGAUGCACCACUCAUUGUCAACACCAUGGGGUGGACACAAGGUCUGGGUUUACACCUGCUUAUGGACACCCUCCACCUGGUGCGACCCUCCCACAUCCUGCAGCUGAAAGGCAGGAAGUCUGCACAGGACCUGCCUCAGCUGUCUCACCAGUUCCUGCACACACAGCCUGGCUGGGCGUAUGCAAACAUACAGGUAGAGACAGACAAAGAGGAUGAUGCUGAUGAUGAUGACGCUGUGCCUGUCAACCCAGAGCUGGUGUACCUACAAGUUGGGAAUGACAUGCCUCGACAUACAUGGUUCACGGCAUCAGAGUUCCGGUCCAUGGCUCUAAUGGCGGCCCUCAGUGCCCUCCAGCCUGACUGCCCAGUUCAUCCCCUGAACACCUCUGGGGUGCUCCCGCUGAAUGCCCUGACCCCCAGGGUAGUGCCGUGGAGCUCAGUGGCCGUGCAUGUCUGCAACGCCGACGUCCCCCCCUCACAGGUCAUGUACGUGCUGAACGCCAGCGUGGUCGCUUUGUGCCAGGCUGGGGACAGUGAGUUCUCCAGGCUGAGACAGGGGGCGCUGCCAGAUGGUCCAGUUGUUUUACAGGACACGCCCAUCUGCCAGGCUGUUGGCAUAGGUAUAAUCCGAGGCAUAGACAUGGAGAGGAGAGUGUUCUAUGUCCUGACAUCUGUGGAGGAGCACAGGCUGACAAGGGUUAACAUGCUGAUGUGUGGAGCCCUGUCCAUCCCUGCACCUCUCAUGUUACAACAGAACGUAGAAGGCCCCGUGCCGUACGUGACGUCAGAGUUCUCCCCAGAUGGAGGCAUCUUCGGCGCGACGCCUCUCAGGAUCAGGAAGAACCUGCAGAGGGAGCGUCGGCAGACCGCGGGAACACCGGGCCUCGGGUUUGUCAGUCCCAAUCAACAGGAACUCACAUGAUAGUCUUUAUACAAUGAUCCAUGAAUGAUACCUGCAUACCAUCUUCAGCAUACAGUCAAGGCACCAAGCCUGUGCCAAUCUGCAGGAACUCACAUGAUAGUCUUUAU